GAGAUAGGUACAUUUUCAUGGACUUUAAACCUCAAUGAAAACCUACUCCAAAAUUCGGUUUGUAUUUAUUUAUUUAUGUUUUCAAAAUCAAGAAUAUACUUUUCGAAAUCUGCACAAUUUGGGAAAACCCCAUUCCAUUGAGAACCACGUCACCGGGAGACAAAGCUCAAGACUGACCGCCGAGACACAGAGAUAGCCUUCUCCUCUCCUCUUUCUACUUUUCCGUUCCGUUCCUUCAAGCUCUAAAUCCGACCUCUCUUCUCCUUCCUUCUUCAAUCUCUCAACUUGCUUCUCACCAAUGGCCUUGUUAAACAGAACACUGAAGGAUGCAUGAAAUGUAUGCUCAUUGGCAUGUGAUCUUUCAUGGACAACUCGAGUCAUAAAGCUAGAUCACACUGCCAGGUUGGUGACCGAUCGACCAGUGAUGUUGUUGUGAGGCUUAGAACAAAAGAUGGUCGAGAUGAAUGGUUAUAUUGUCACUCUCAUAUCCUAACUGCACAGAGCAAGUAUUUUGCCGAUCGUCUUUCAGAGAAAUGGCCAACAUGCCAGAUUCUCGACUCACGAAACUGUGUUGAGGUCUUCUGUCUAGAAUCAACCUUUGAUUACCAUGUAAAUGUUCUGCGUCUUCUCUAUGUCAUCACAGAUAUCCCAACUGAUGACUUAUGGAAUGAUGUUCGAACUGCUCUUGGCAUCCUUGGUGUGGCUUUCCAGCUUGAGUGCAAAAAUGUUAUUAGUGCUUGUGUGAAUUACUUGGAAGCAGUACCAUGGGAGGAGGAUGAGGAGGAGGAAAUUUUGAAGGUUAUACCUCAUAUGGGACCAGAAGCUGAGCCAAUUCUUGCUCGUCUUCAGCCAGUCAAUUCAUCUCUUGUUAGACAGAUAUUUCUUUCCGCUCUUCGAUUGGCUACAUCAUCUCCCUUUUCAAACUUAAAUGAUCUCAAGCCUUCGGCCCAAGAACAACUUGAGUACAUGCUAACUGAAGAUGAUGAUGCUCCACUAUUGAUGGCUGAUGCUGAAAUAAAAUUGGAGAUAAAUGAAUGUGUGAAGAGCCUAUUACAAACUUUUAACAAUCUUCUAGACACUAUACUUGAUCCUUUGCAUUUGGAUGGGAAGGCAAGGAACGUGCAAGUUUUAGUUUUUUGUUUGACAGAUUUAGCUUGGACAUGUCGGAUUUUGAAAAGGUUAGAAAGUAUGAAGGAGUUUGUCUCUAAUUGGGUUGGUGCAUCAGAUAAGAUUGUCCAGGUUGUUGAGCAAACAAGUGUAGCAUCAGAAAUUAUUGAUACAAGAAUAGGGAUUAUUGAAGUGGUGGCAAAGGUUUUAGAGGCAAUUAAGCACGGCUCAGUGAUUCUCCAAACUUCAAAACGGCUUCACAUGGUUAAGGUUUGGCUUCCUUUCGUAAGGACAACCAAGUCCUUGAUCGAUAGUCUUGCUAACAAUGGUGUUGAUGAUCUGAAACUCAAGAUUGACAGUGAUAUUUGGGAGUUGCUAGAGUCGGCAUUUGUUUCGAUCAUUCUUGCAUUGCCAUCAGGGGAGCAAGCAGAGAUUAUAACCGAAUGGUUACAGAAUCAACAUGUUAUUCGUUAUCCUGAUCUAACAGAGGCAUUUGAAGUGUGGUGUUAUAGGUCAAAAGUGGCAAAGAGGAGGCUAUCCGUGGUGGGGGAUAACCAUGGCACGACAGCGGCAAGCUUCCAGCCCUCGGCUUGAACUCAAGUGGUUUGUAAUUAUAUUGUGAAUCAUCCUUCAACCCGCAGUUGUUAAAGUUUGGGUUGGAAGCAUUAUUUUGUGUUUCUAGGCUAGCCUCCCCUUUUGUUUUAUUGUAAAAUUUUAGUGUUAGCUGUUGCAAAUAGUAAGUUGGGGGCAUUGUGCAUUUGUCAAAAUGAAAAAGGAGAGAGAUGAUAAAAGAGGGGAAAAGUGGCUGUGAAGAAGUCGGCUAGCUUCAUAUAGCCACUGAUAUCGAAGUGUAUUUAUGGUGUAGCUCUCAGUGUAAUUCUAUGUUGUAGUUUGGCUGGCAAUUCUGUCGGGUAAUGGUAAUGGCUGAUCCUUUGACUCGGUUUCUAAUGA